CCUCUACUUUUCGGGAAAUUGUCGCCUAACCACUAAUUUUUGUUUAAAGAUGCUCUUUUGAACGUUCAACUGUUUUAUUUGUGUGUGUAAAAAAAGUUUUUACUUAUUAAUAUUUUAUAAAAUUGUAUAUUAAACAAGGCCAAUAUUUAAAAUAGAAGUAUAAGAAAGAUUACACUGAAAUAUAAGGACAGUAUCAGGAUAUCCGAUAUUUCUUGACAAAUAUCGUACAAAGUAUUCUUGAUAUUCUCAAAUGGAAGAGAGACGAGCAGAAAAUGUAAUUUCUGUAGACUUAGCGGAUACUAAUGAAGUUAUAGCUAGUUUAGAAAUGCUUAGUGUAGAUACUAAGUGUUCAUCGUCUACAGAAACUAAGAGGAUACUUAGGAAAAGGAUACCUAAACUGGUUUCUACAGAAAUAUCUAAUAGAAGAUGCAGUUGUAGACCUAAAAAGAGGAUAUUAAAUGGAAGCAAUUUGGAAGAAAAUAUUAAAGAAUAUUAUUUAGACAAAAAUAUAAAGAAAAAACCAAACAAUCUUGAAACAAUUUAUGAAGAAAAUGAUGAUACAAGUGACAAUACUAAAUAUAUGAGUGCAAAGAGAUUCAAAAGAAUGUUAUUGUUUAAAGCUGAACCUACAGCUUCUAAGAUAAAAAAAAGACGGGCAAAAAUACAGAAGAUUUUUGGAUCAAAGGUUACAAAAAGUUACAACAAAAGACGUGUUUCAAUGCAGUCCAUUUUAGAUAAAUUGGAUGGUAUUAGAACAAACUCACCAGCAGAAGUGGAUAUCAAAUGAUAUAGCAGAUUUAUGUUGCUUUUAAAUAUAUUAAAUUUAAGGACUUUAAGAGAACUUGAUGCAUUAUACUUUGUAUUUGCACAGUGUUUUGUGAAUAUGCUACUUCUAUGUAUCUUAUAUAAUAAUGUAAAGGUAUUAUAUGAAUGAGAGGAAAUAUUGAAAUCAUUACUGCCAUAUUUAUAUCUAUUAAAGUAAAGAUAACAUACUUUUUAUAUAUCAAAGUAAGAUACUCGUACCAUAUUGCAUUUAUAGAUUUAUUUAAGAGGAUAGUAUUUGUUAAGUUUUAGAUAAUGGAAAUUAGUUCUCAUAAGCAUAUUGAAUUUGUGCAGUAUGCAUGGAAAAAACUACAUUGUUUUUAAUACGAUAAAAUAGGGAUGAAAAAGACUGAAAAAAUACAAAAAUUUUAGUAAA